GACUUACCGUCUGCGCAUGUGCAGCAGUUUGCUAAUGAAUCAAUUAUCUUUCAGCAAAAAAGGGUGUGGCUGGGCUUUGAGCAAUCAUGGACGUUUCUCCAACCUUUACAACUCUGACUGACCUUGCACAGGGCAGCUCCACAAACGAGGGACGCUACGAGACUCUAGUGAGCAAAUUUACCGAUAAAUAUGGCCGACCUCCAACCCAUUUAGCCAGAUCACCAGGACGAGUCAACCUGAUUGGAGAACACAUUGAUUACUGUGGUUAUGGGGUGCUACCCAUGGCCAUUGAGCAAGAUAUUGUAAUGGCGUUUGCUGCAACUGAUUCAAACACCAUAAGCAUAGCUGAUAUCGAAGAAGAUAAGUAUGCAGCUAAAGAUAUAGAUCUUUCUUCCGAUUGGCGCAAUUUCUCUUCAAAUGGGGCCGUGCCAUGGUACAACUAUUUCCUCUGUGGGUUUAGAGGUAUCAUUGAAGAAUUCUCAAUUUUGUCUCCAGUCGGUAUUCAAGUAAUGAUGGAUGGAUCUAUACCGCCUAGUUCAGGUCUCUCGAGUUCUUCUGCCCUCGUCUGCUGUUCCUCAAUAGUUACUCUAGUCUCUAACUCUGUCCCCCUACCAUCAAAGACCAGGUUAGCUGAUAUAUGUGCUUCGUCCGAGCGAUACAUUGGAACUCAAGGAGGAGGGAUGGAUCAAGCCGUCUCGUUCCUUGCCCAACCUGGACGUGCUUUGAAAAUUGAUUUCAAUCCAUUGACCUCAUCUCCAGUCACCCUACCAGCUGGCUAUUCUUUUGUUGUCUCUCAUUGCGGAGAGUCAAUGAAUAAAGCUGCUACUUUUUCUUUUAAUGAAAGAGUAGUUGAGUGCAGACUGGCUGCUAAAGCAUUGGCUUCUUUGCAAGGAAUAGAAUGGAGGAAUAUUUCUAAAUUUGCUGAUCUUCAAAAUGCGCUGGGCUACACCCUUAAGCAGAUGGUAUCUUUGGUACAAGAUAAGCUUCAUGAAGAUUCUUAUACCAAAGAUGAAAUCUGUGGGAUACUAGGACUAAAGAUCAAGGGGGAUGAAUUGGUUGGAGAGGUUUUGAGCAGCAUGAGUCCUCAGGCUCAAAAAGCAGCUGCAGAAUUGAGCCGUUAUAAGCUCUACCAGAGAGCACUGCAUGUGUUUGCUGAAGCCGAUCGCGUUGAGCAGUUCAAGAUGAUCGCAAAUGGAGAAGAAGCUGUUGAAGAUGUUGGUGCUAGUCUUGGAGAAUUAAUGAAUGCGAGUCAUUCCAGCUGCUCUAAGCUUUACGAGUGCUCCUGUCCUGCCCUUGACACUCUUGUUAGCAAUUGUGUGGCUUCAGGUGCGUCAGGAUCACGGCUCACCGGAGCUGGUUGGGGCGGCUGUUCGGUAUCUAUUGUCUCCGAUAGUUCUUUAGAGAAGUUUCUGGAAGGAUUACGUGGAGCGUUUUUCAAAGGAAAAACUGACGAAGAAUUGAAGACCAAGCUUUUUGCAACAAGGCCUGGUCCAGGGGCUGCUCUGUGUCACCUGAAAUAACUUGAAUUGAUUGAAAAAAUUGCAUUUUGUAAAAAAAUGACUUUUUGUGAGAUAAAAAAAAGAAAAAAAAGAGCGCCCAACGUGGGGCUCGAACCCAC